CAGAGCCUCGGCGGUGGGUCCUACACUGCCCUCCAUUCUGUCAUCGCCCCUCGCCGCCGCUGCCGCCGGCGAUGGGGAAGAGGAAGAAGGGCAAAGCCACCACGGGACCCCACGAGAACCCCGACCUCGCGCCACAUUCCCAGCCCACCACCACCUCCACGCCCGAGCGCAAGCGCCGGCUGCCGCGAGAUCGUUCCCCGGCCACCGGCUCCGACUCCGAGGCGGACCCCUCGCCGCCGUCCUCGCCGGGCUCGGUGCGGCGCCUCAUCGAGCCCUACUCGAGGCCCCGCCUCCUCGCCAUCCUGGCGGAGGCGGCCGCGGCCGACCCCGCGCUGCGCGCCCGCCUCGGCGCCGCCGCCGACGCCUCGCCCUCCCACCGCCGGCUCUUCGUCCACGGCCUGCCCCCGCGCGCCGGCGACGACGCGCUCGCGGCGGCGUUCUCCCGCUUCGGGCCCCUCGCCGACUGCCACGCCGUCGCGGACCGCGCCACCGGGCGGUGCCGGGGGUACGGCUUUGUCUCCUUCGCCUCCCGCGCCGCCGCCCGCCGCGCGCUCCGGGGCGCCCCGCGCGUCGCCGUCGCCGGCUGCCCCGUCUCCGCCCAGUUCGCCUCGGCCGGCCCCGGCCCCGGCCCGUCCGGCGGCGGCGGCGCCGGGCGGCGGGUGUACGUGACCAACGUCGCGCCGGACGCCAGCGCGGAGCGGCUGCGCGCCUUCUUCGCGCGGUUCGGGGAGCUCGACGGCGGGCCCUUCGGGUUCGACGCCGACACCGGGAGCUCCCGCGGGUACGCGCUGUUCGUGUACCGGGAGGCGGCCGGCGCCGCCAGGGCGGUGGAGGAGCCGUACCGCGUGUUCGAGGGGCGCACGCUGCGGUGCCAGCUCGCCAAUGAGCCCGCGCGGAAGGCGAAGGCACCCCCGGCGCCGCCGCCGGCGGUGGUGGCGGCUUCAGCUGCUGUAACGCCACCGCCGGCGCCAGCGGCGGCAGAGGCACCCGCGCUGCAGCUGGUGCUUGAUGCCAUUGCUGCCGCCGGCGUGGGGGACCUUGCGAAGUACGCGCGGGACCCGGCGCAGGCUGCCGUAUUUCUCGGGCAGAACCCGGCUCUUGCAGCUGCGGCACUGAGCUCGGUAUUGGCGGUGGCGGCAGCUUCGCGGAGUCCUGCAGCAGCGCCUGCUGUUGCCCCAACUCCGGCUGCUGCGUCUGCGCCGGCUGUUGCCACAGGAAAACCGGCAGCGGCAGCGGCUGUAGAGCCAUUGCCGGUGAAAUUUGGUGUUGGGUCAAGUGGCGGCGCAGGGCUGCUUGGGCCAUACAAGCCGCCAUUGUCGCCAGUGGUGUCACUGUCAUCGUCCCCGGGGAAGAAGGGGACAAUGCUGGGACAGUCAUGAUGUUGAUUUUGCAGAGGUGGACAGUAGGACGAAGCAAAUCUUGGUUGGGCCAAUCUGGAGGAGCCUGUAGAAUGGGUGCCCGUGGCUUCUGUUUUCAAAGCUCUGCCUGCUCUGGGAUACGGAUGCAAAUCUACCUGUGGUGAUCCUCCCUUCACUACAUAGAAUUUUGUUGUAUAUGAUGUUUCAUGUUUCACGUUAUUGUACUUAGGAAAUUCUGCCUUCAUGUUUCUGAGCAGGACGGUAGCUUUUAGUACCUAUGUUAUUCACAACUCUAACUUGUACUAUCCGGUUUAACAUCCUUAUUCCAUCAUCUGAACUUGAUAUAUCUUAUGCAUCUGUCUUGCUCGGUUGCUUGAUGCA